UCUCUCCCUCCCCGAUGAGAACCGAGGGUGCAGCCAUCAGCAUCGAGGGCCGGUCUCGUCAGUUUAGUUACCGCACCACAUAAAGGCAUUGCGUUGUAGACACCGUUAUACCCGCAACAUUCUUACUAUUUGCUUGCAUAUAUCUCCUAAUUUUUCUGACCCUUCAAUUCGGCAUAAAGAAAAAAAUUUUAAAUAAAAAAAAAAAAAAAAAAAAAGAAAGGAAAGAAGAACACUCGGUUCGGUAUAUUGUUCGUCGUCGUAAUAAAAAAGCACGCAGUCGUCGCCGUUGCUGUCAUCAUCGUCGUCGUUAUUGUUCUCCUCUAAACAUUCAGUUGUCCCCUACUGCUUUGUCCCGUUCACGUGUUUCGAUCGACGUCACCGUUCGUCAUCGCCGAGGUGACAACGUCACGAGAAUUGUCGCGCGGUGGAGCAAAAAGCAAAGGGAAAAAGGUUGUCUCUCUCGUGAACGUCGUGCGGGAAGAUCAUUUUGCCGGACAAAAUCGGCUUGUCGAAGAUUUAAAGCAGAGAGGAGUGACUUCCGCGUUCUUAUAUCAUUUCAUUUAUCCUCCGACCCUCCGUUCAUAUCUCGUAUUCCCGACUAGUCCUUCCGUAAGGACACUUCUUGGUGUCCCGAUCGUUUCAUCCAUCUCCGAGCAACGCGUCACGAUAUCUCGAAGACGAUUCGGUCGUGGACGAAAUCAAAUUGGAGUCGAUUGCGUUAGAGAGAGAGAGAGAGAGAGCGGUAUCGUGAGCAACAAGAUCGUCAGCUGGAAGAUUCUUUAAUCAGCAGAAGAGACAUCGGCAAAACGAGAGAAAGAGAUAGAGAGAGAGAGAGAGAAAGAAAGAAAGAGAGGGACAUAUAGGAGAAAGUUUUGCUGGUCGGGGGUGGGAGUGAAAAAGAGACAUUAGGUGUGUUUGACGCGCGCGAGAUUUGUUUAUUUCCUGUCACGAGUUAUAUAUAUAUAUAUGUAUACAUACAUCAAGUGCUCGCAAUUAUAUCCGAUCUACGAAUUCGCGCGUUUUCGCGAUACUUCAAUGUCGAAACUCUCAUUCGAUGUUCGGAAACCGGCUUCCAAGUUGAUCGUCGCGCAAUUGUCGAUUCGGAUGUUUCAAGUCUCGCGUCGUUGAUAGAGAAAUUUGUUGAAGAAAUAAAAAAAUUUGUACAAAGUUAUUUAUUACGGGAAUUACACGCACACGCGUUUCAAAUCGUGGCCGGAGAUAAAAGGAGUUAAAUUUCGAGAGAGGGACACGUAUAAAUAGAAAAAUAAAAAUAAUUAAGUAAAACCCACCGUCGUUCCGUUCUGCGCCCAGAUAUCGGCAUCCUCCAACCACUGAUUUUCAUCGUUAACCGCGUACCCCGACCGAAAAACGGCAAAUUGAAAUAGCUCAGUAGCAAGGACGUCGAGCUUUCGCGAUGCAUGAUGAAGCGUCAAGCAGAUCCGGAAUGGAGCGAGGACCGGCGGCCCUGCGGGUCCUUGUCGAGGACAAGCAGGAUGUCUCGAGAGGGACACUUCCGUCCGCGAUGGCCUCGAUUACAAUGAUUUCGUACAUAGUUAGAGACGAUUCGUUAGAGGAUUGCAAUGAUGGCGAACGGAAUGGACACAGUCGUACAACAAAACGGAGGAUCUACCCUCGGACAGACCUCGCAGGAGGAGUCGAAGACGAAUCUCAUAGUAAAUUAUUUGCCGCAGAGCAUGACUCAGGAUGAGAUUCGUUCUCUGUUCUCCAGUAUAGGCGAGGUCGAGAGCUGCAAGCUAAUCCGUGAUAAGCUUAGCGGUCAGAGUUUGGGUUACGGUUUCGUCAACUAUCACCGGCCUGAAGAUGCCGAAAAGGCUAUAAACACGCUCAAUGGUCUUCGUUUACAGAACAAAACCAUCAAGGUAUCGUACGCGAGACCGAGCAGCGAGGCGAUCAAGGGUGCGAAUUUGUAUGUCAGCGGCUUGCCGAAGAAUAUGGCGCAGCAGGAUCUGGAGAAUCUCUUCAGCCCUUACGGCAGAAUUAUCACGUCGCGAAUACUCUGCGACAACAUCACCGUACGACAGUUUGUGACCGGCGGCGGAGACAAUUUGCCCGGCCUGUCGAAGGGCGUCGGCUUCAUAAGGUUCGACCAGCGCGUCGAGGCUGAGCGGGCGAUCCAGGAGCUGAACGGCACCAUACCGAAGGGCUCGUCCGAACCGAUCACCGUCAAGUUCGCCAACAAUCCGAGCAACAACAACAAGGCGAUACCGCCGUUGGCCGCCUAUCUCGCACCACAGGCCACGCGGCGCUUCGGCGGGCCGAUCCACCAUCCGACCGGCCGCUUCAGGUACAUUCCACUGUCGCCACUAUCCAGCACUGGCAAGGCCAUGCUUGCCAUUAACAAAGGCUUACAGAGUAGGUACAGUCCGCUGGCGGGCGACCUCCUCGCGAACUCGAUGCUGCCCGGUAACACGAUGAACGGCGCCGGCUGGUGCAUCUUUGUGUACAACCUCGCGCCCGAGACCGAGGAGAACGUGCUCUGGCAGCUGUUCGGGCCGUUCGGCGCCGUCCAAUCGGUCAAGGUUAUCCGCGACCUGCAGACGAACAAGUGCAAGGGCUUCGGCUUCGUUACGAUGACCAAUUACGAGGAGGCGGUCGUCGCUAUACAGAGCCUGAACGGUUACACCUUGGGCAACCGCGUGCUCCAGGUCAGCUUCAAGACGAACAAGAGCAAGGCGGCGUAGGACGAGCAACAGGCGGCAGCGGCGGCGGUGGCUGCGGCUGCGGCCGCGGCAGCGGACGCGGCGGCGGUUGCGGCGCCGUACCAUCAUCGUCGCCAUCGGCUGCUACGUACUGCGGCGGUGGUACAGCUGCCGAUGC